UCCGUGUGUGUGUGUGUGUGUGUGUGUGUGUUGCAGGUGAAGCUGCGGCUCCAUCAUGGUGAAGAUCAGCUGCGCGGCGAUUAACGGCAUCAAAGCCGAGAAAGAGGAACCGGAGCGCGUGUACAGCCCGCCGCAGCACGUGGGCGUGUCCCGGCGCUCCUCCCUCACUGGACUCUGUUGUUUACUGAUUGCGCUCAUCAUCAGCACCUGCAGCCUAGUGUACGCCUCCAUCUACAUCUACCGCUAUUACAUCAUCCCUCAGGCGGAUGAGUCUCAGUUCCGCUGUAAUGUGUACUAUGAAGAUGCCCUGAAGGCUCCUCAGCACAGUCGGGAGGAACUGCGGGAGAACGUGGACAUCAACCUGCAGAAGAACUACGAGAGGAUCAGCAUCACCGCUGGGAAGAGCAACCCUCGCGCACGGCCUGCUACCAUCAUACACGACUUUAACAAGGGUCUGACUGCAUAUCAUGACAUCACUCUGGAUAAGUGUUACAUCAGCGAGCUGAACAGCAGUGUCGUUCUGCCACCAAGGAACCUGUGGAAACUCCUCAUCAAUGUCAAACUGAGAACCGGCAAUGAGGCGUCUCUCCCCCAGACGUACAUGGUUCAGGAGGAGAUGGUGGUGUCUGAGCAGGUGAUGAACACGCAUGAGUUUGGCCUGUUUAUCCACAGACUGUGUGAGGGGAAACCAACCUAUCUGAUACGCCGCCGCCUCACACGCCGCCGUAUCGCCAAGCGUGAGGAGCAGACCUGUCACUCCAUCCGACACUUUGAGAACACGUUCGUGAUGGACACGCUGAUUUGUGACACGCCCUGAACCUUAACACCCACCUCAUGUCACAUCACUCUUAAUGACCUGUUUAUUGCUAUCAUGCUUUAAUUGGUUUCUUGUUAAAAAAAUCCCAUUAAUUCCAUUAAGCCCAUUAAUCACGCAGUAGCACUGUCUGUAUGUCCUGAUAUUACACUCCCAUUAUUUCUGCUAUAAUAUGAAGUAUAAUCAUGUUAAUGUAAGAAUAUCUUCACACUGAACCACAUAUUUAACUAGCGCUAGUUGGCUAAAAAACAUAGCACUCUCUGAAAACAUCUGCGGGAGAAGUGUAGUCGCAAAACCUGACCAUGUUGUGAACAAGAACAUCGCAGAUUGUUGUCUAAUGGAUUAUUAACACAGGAGAGGUUUAUGCUUCAGACUAUGCACUCGUUCACUUCCUGUAGAUCUAAACACCCUGUACCCGUGUUCGUUAUCCGCUGAUCGUCAUUUCUGUAGCUUAAUGGUUUAGGUUAUCUUCACCCUGCAUGAAUCUUUACACAUUUAGAUAUUAAACAGUAAAUGAUUUAAUGUAAAUUUGAAAAAAUCCUUUUAAAUGUGGACUGUGUGACUUUUUGAAUCUCUCCCAAUCUGAGUAAUGUAGCUGAACAUCUGAGCAAAAUAAAUUAAUCACACACAUUAAAA